GUUCUCUUGAUUGAGCAAGGUCAGGUGAAGGCCAUUCCCCGGGCCAUGGCAAGUCCAUUACACAGGAAUAGAGAAAGAGGGGACCACAUUGAAAAACGUGCUAAACGUCGAGUCAUCCGCCUUCUCCAAGAUGCAGUGGCAAAAAAUGAUAUAUCAGAGAUCCGGAAACUAUUAACUGAAGACGUGGAUGUGAACUUCCAAUACAGAAGUCAGACUCUUUUACAAGUGGCAGUACUCAGUGGUCACUUGGAGUCUUGUAAACUUCUGAUAAGCCAUGGAGCUGAUGUCAACCAUCACAAUGCAGAUGGCAAUACACUCCUCAAUAUGGUAUGUUGGAAAGGGUAUGAUAACAUAGCCAAGCUGCUGAUCAACAAUAAUGCUGAUGUGGACACGGCCAACAAUGAUGGUGCUACCCCUAUCAACACGUGUGCUUUCAAAGGAUUUGCUGGUAUUGCAAAACUGCUCGUCAAAGCCAACUGUAAUUUGCUACGCCUGAACAACAGGUCACAGUCCCCUCUGUUCACUGCUGCUCGUAUGGGACAUAUUCCUGUCACAGAUGUCCUGAUCAGGGGAGGAUGCGAUCUCAACCAGGCUGAUAAUGAAAAGAAAACUCCACUCAUAAUAGCUGCUUCCAAAGGGUACAGCGAGGUUGUGAAGAUGUUGAUUAAAGCAGGGUGUGAAACAAAUUUACUGGACAAAUACAAAUGCUCAGCUCUCCAUGAGGCAGCAGUUGCAGGACAUGUGAAAGUUGUGGAGGAACUUAUUCUAGGAGGUGCAAAUUUAGAUGUUUUGACAGCCAAGAAAGAGACGCCUCUUCUAUUUGCUGUCCGUAACAAUCAAUAUGCAGUAUCUGAUGCUCUAGUACAAGCUGGCUGUGAUGUAGACUUGGCUGAUGUCUAUAAACAAGCUCCUAUUCAUGCUGCAGUGAGACAGGCCACUCAGUAUUUUGGUACAGAUGGUGCUACUGUGGAGCUCUUGCUGGAUGCUGGCUGUAAUAUCAAUGCUCAAGAUGGCCAGGGCUGGACUCCCCUAUAUCAAAGUGCUUUAGCUGGAGAUGUAGAUCUGUGUUUCAAACUGUUACAACGGAAAGCAGAUGUAAAUUUGGUAACAGACCUCGGAGAUUCUGUGAUGCAUGCUGCAGUGUCUGGAAACAGUUGUGAACUGGUGAAGACAUUUAUUCAAGCAGGCUGCAGUGUGAAUGUCACCAACAACAGGAACAUGCUACCUCUGUAUACAGCUAUCUCUCACAGGGCAGACAUCAAGAUCAUUGAGGCUUUACUGGCAGCUGGGAGUUCUCUGAAUAUCCAGGAGAGUGAACAUAGGGAAUCCCCUCUGUUUGCUGCUGCCAGACUGGAUUACAAAGAGGCUUUCCAGGCUCUUCUGGAUGCAGGUGCUGAUGUAAAUCUGUGAACAAUGAAGGCACCACUGCACUGGGGGAGGCUGUGGACAGAGGUAAUGCUAGGAUAGCUGUGCAG